AUGUCCACUUUACAUUUAACCAAUUCACCAACAGAAGUAGGCUGUUCAAUUCCUCCAAACACACCACAUGCUAUAUCAGUAAAUUUACCAAACUGGCAAGAUAACGUUGAUUAUGAAGAAGGUCAUGAAAGAUUAAUUUCUCGGUUAUCAACUGGAUAUCCAAGGUUUUUCAUACAUAAUCAAAUAAAAAAAUUAAUUUCAAUAUGUGAACAAAAAUUUGCAAAACCAACAGAAUCAUGUUUAUUGUUUCCCAGUCGUAAAGUAGCUCAACGUUGUAAAAAUUUUAUUCAAAUGAAUUACAAGUCUUCAUCAUCAACAUCAUCGAACGUACGCCUAGCAGAAAUUACAAUUAUACCACCAGAACAAAUCAAAUCAUCAUCAUUUCAACAAGGUAUUAAAACAUUACAUGUUGUAUUGUUUCCAAAAGAUGCAUUUAAAAUUGGAAAAUCAUACUGGCAACAUACAGGAGAAGGUAUAACUUCAAGAAUGGCAGAAUAUGUUUUAUACAUUAUGCAAAUAAAAAAAGACGAGCAAAAAUAUUCGGAUUGUGGUGAUGGCGAUGAAACUGUUCGUAAAAGACGUCCAUCAUUUCAAAAUCAUGAAUCAAAGCUAUCCAAACAAUCAGUUGUAGUUGAAGAGAAUUAUUAUGUAGAAGAACGUUAUGGUCGAAAUCUCCCAGUAUUAUUUGCUGAUAAAGCAAAGUUAGCAUUGAAACGUAGAAUUGUAGGAGUUCUUGAUACUGAAUCAAAUAAAAACAAUGAUUUGGAUGAUGUUAUAUCAAAACCUAUCGAGCCAAAUGCUUCUUUAACAGCACGUGGUGUUAAAGGUGUCACGGAAGAUGACGUGUUUCUUUUUCCAUGUGGAAUGGCUUCUAUUUUUCACGCUCAUCGUUAUUUAUUGCAAGCUUUCCCACCAAAAAAAAGUAUUUGUUAUAGUUUUCCAUAUACGGACACAUUAAAAAUUUUAGAAAAAUUUGGUCCAGGGUGUUAUUUUUAUGGCAAUGGAACUUCAGAAGAUAUAGACGAGAUUGAGAAAUUAUUGGAGUCUGGUGAUGAGCAAAUCCUUGGACUAUUUUGUGAAUUCCCAUCAAAUCCUCUAUUAAAAUCACCAGAUCUAAAAAGACUUCGAGCACUUGCAGACAAAUAUGAUUUUCUAAUUGUUUUAGAUGAAACAAUUGGAAAUUUUGUUAAUGUUGAAGUAUUACAAUGGGUUGAUAUUUUGGUUUCUAGUUUGACUAAAGUUUUUAGUGGUGAUAGCAAUGUGAUGGGUGGAGGACUUAUCAUUAAUCCUCAAAGAAAACAUUAUCAGAAAUUGAAACAAGUUAUAAAAGAUGAUUACGAAGACCUUGUUUGGAGUGAAGAUGCUGUUUUUCUAGAGCGUAAUUCAAGAACAUUUAGAGAACGUAUUAUAAAGAUAAACGAGAAUGCAGAAAAACUAUGUGAUUUUUUAAUUAAAAGUCCCAAAGUGAAAAAAUUAUAUUAUCCAAAAUACAUUACACCCGAUAUUUAUAAUCAAUAUAAAAGAAAAAAUGGUGGUUACGGAGGAUUAUUUUCGGUGACAUUCCAUUCUGAACUUGCAUCAAAACAAUUCUUUGAUGCCAUACCUAUAGCAAAAGGACCAUCACUUGGUACCAAUUUUACAUUGGCAUGUCCAUACACGAUUCUAGCACAUUAUUUAGAAUUAGACUGGGCAUCGAAAUAUGGAGUUGAAGCAGGAUUAAUUAGAAUUAGUGUUGGUUUGGAGGAUAUUGAUGUUUUGUUGGCUGGAAUGCAAAAAGGACUUGAUGCCAUAAGUGAUUGA